AUGGCAUACGACAACAACGUUGAUCUCUGUACUCAUUUAUCACUUGCUAGGUGUCUUUGUAAUACAAUGGUGUGUUCCCAUUUGUCACUUGGUAAGUGUCAUUGCAACACAACCAAUGAAGAUGUCUCUGUUUCUUUAACCAAGAAGAGGAAGAUUUCUGAAGAAACCUCUGUCGCGCUGCAAGAAAGAAGGCUCUUGCUCCCUAAAGAUUUGGCUGAGAAUUUGGUGGUGCCGGUGUUGGAUGGUGAUGUUGAAAAAGGUGUUCAAGUUGAGAUUUGGGAUGUGGACACUGCCUCCAUUCAUUCUUUAGUUUUUAAGAAAUGGGUUUCUUCAAGAAGCUAUGUUUUCAUUGGGAAUUGA